UUCUGUUGAUCCUCGUCAGCUGCUAUCAUGAAACCCCACUGUGCCCAUGGCUUGGUGUGCAGUCCGGUACAGAACUCUACCGAAUAGUUUACGCCCGUCGGCCAAGCGAUUUUGAAUGAGACGGCAGAGACCGUCUAAUUUACCUUUGAUCAGAAUUUCGAUGCGCGCUAUAAUUCGAUAAUUCCAAGGGGAAGAUCGGCUCUGCAUUCCGUGUCAAAUUACGGCGACUAGGCUAUCUGUCGCCAUUAGGGUAGCCUUCCAAUGGUAGGCUACUCGAUUGACGGUUUUUAAUCAUCUUUUUAGGUAGAAGUGUAGUGUAGUUUUAGUCUAAUGAGAUAUACGGUUUGCUGAUAGGCUUGGCCACUGUGCUUUCAAGGAUACGACAACGACACGUCCAAGGAACAAUUGACUCGUGCGAGUGUUGUUCUUUUUUUUAAAUCUCUGUCCACGAGUUGAGGAGAAGAAGCCGCAAUCAUGUUCGAGACGAGAGGGAUUCCUUUUAUUCUGCUUGACAUAGCCUGUUUAAUUAUCGGAGGACUGCCCCUGGCAGCCUUUAACUUGGGCAAAAUCAAGCCCUAUCAGAGGGGCUUUUUCUGUAACGAUGACAGCAUCAGCUACCCCUUCCACCAGAGUACAGUCACCUCCAAUGUGCUCUACACGGCGGGCUUCGCUCUGCCCAUUUGCUGUAUGGUCUUUGGAGAGUGCCUUUCAGUCUAUCUAAAGCGCAUCAAAUCAAAGUCCUCUUUCAGCAACAUGUAUGUGGCCAGUGUUUACAAAGCCAUCGGCACCUUCGUGUUCGGGGCUGCCAUGAGCCAAUCGCUCACUGACAUCGCCAAGUAUUCGAUUGGUCGGCUGCGACCUCACUUCCUGGACGUGUGCAAGCCUGACUGGGAGCUGAUCAACUGCACGGCAGGCGCCUACAUUGAGGACUUCACCUGCACCGGGGAUACGCACAUGGUCAACGAGGCCAGGCUGUCCUUCUACUCCGGCCACUCCUCCUUCUCCAUGUACUGCAUGCUGUUCCUGGCACUAUACAUCCAGGCCAGACUGCAGGCAGAGUGGGCUAGACUCCUGAGACCAACACUCCAGUUCUUCCUGAUCGCUGCAUCCGUGUACACUGGCCUGUCCCGUGUGUCCGACUACAAACACCACUGGAGCGACGUCCUGGCUGGCCUUAUUCAGGGAGCACUCGUGGCCAUACUGGUGGUAUUUUUCGUGUCAGACUUCUUCAAGAAGAGGGUGGAGCCUCAGGAGGAUGUGGAGAUUCCCCACACCAGCCUGCAAGAGACACCCACUAACGGAAACCAUUACGACAGCAGCCCCAACUAAGCUAUAGAGAAGAGGAACCGUACACCCGCGUAUCUGGUGGAAAGCGUUUACUGCAUGCACAUCAUACCCCACCAAGGGUCGGACCACUGGGGUGGAAAGAAAUUAUGCGUCUCAAAUGGCACCCCAUUCCCUACAUAGUGCACUAGUUUUGACCAGGACCCAUAGGGCUAUGACCAAAACUAGUGCACUAUGUAGGGAAUAGGGUGCCAUUUGGGAAUCAGACAGACAUGUGAAUGUAACCCUGCUUUGUGCUUUCUUGACCUAUGACCUGGAGCCAAGCUGUCUCAGCUCCCUAUUGGACUCUUGAGUCCCACCCAUGUUGCCUUGGCUGGACUGCUACUAUUACAGCUUCCUGUGUAUUAUCCAGACCAAUAUAAUGUAUCUUCACCUGAAGCAACAAAAAACAACCAAAAUAUCUUUGUUUUAUCCAGCUGUAUGUUAAAAGAAAUCACUAUACAGACUUUUAUUAAAAUUGUUGAAGUAUGUACAAAUAUGUUGCGCUUUUUGGAAGGAAAAUAAGCCAUUUUAUGCUUAUUAACACAAAUAAAAAAUUCUGUUUAA